CGUUGUUAAUUACAUAUUCUUUGAGUAAAUUUGCUAAUUACCUUAUUCAGUCGAAGUCAUGGCAUAUACAGAGAAGGUGUCAAUAAGUGGUACUGCUCUGUCAUUUUUGUUGUACGAAUGCGUAAACUCUAUAAACAGCCAGGAGGGUUUCCUGAUCGGCGAUAUCACUUCUGAAGUAACCAAUCAUAUAUCUGAUUCACAAAGUGAUAACGCUCGGCUGGACACGCAGAUUGUCAUAAGGACGGUAUUGCCCUUGCCCUCUGUAGCUCUGUUCUACUUUCCAACUGGAAGGAUAAAGGAAGAUGUUCUUUCAGAUUUACUUUCAAAAACUGCUAGUGAAGUUGUUGGAUGGUACAAAUACAGGAAAGACAGUAACAUCAAACCAACUUUUAGAGAUAAACUAAUUUCUAAAGGUUUGCAAAAGUACUUUGAGAAGCAUCACGGCAAGAAAAAUUUUGUGACAUGCAAUUUGUCCAGUAAAACAUCUUCAGCCAGCUCUACUCAUACAUUUAUGUAUAGAUUUGGAAAAAUUAAUUGUUUUGAUAUGUACGAGUAUGUGGAUGAUAUCACAGCUAAUUUGGGUGAAAAGCACACUGGGUACAAAAAAGCUUUAAGGCUAUCUCCACAUAGUAUUUUCAAUAAAAUUGUCAAAGAGAGCAAUGUUCAGAGUAACAACACAAGUGAUGCAAUAUUACGCAUUCAAGAAGCAGUAAACUUCAGGCUCAUGAAGGAGGCGAAACUGGCUGCUAAGAAUGAGUCCACUAUUAGAGAGCUAGAGGCGGAGAUUAAACAAAUCAAUACUAUAUUGUCUGAUAAGCUGUCUGCAGAUUUGCAAACAUCUCAUGAGAAGAUGGUUGAGGAGAAAUUUAUGAAUAGAGAAAUAGAGAUGGCCAAAGCUUGUGUAGAAGCACUGCACACACCAACCAGAGUGGAUAUAUUAAACAUACCCAAUAUUGUGAUGAAUAACCACUUAUCAAACAGUGAUACCUUACAGUUAGCUGAGAGUGGACCAAAAGGCCGUAGUCCCAGUCCAGUACUAAUACCUUCAAGCUCAAAUAAACCAGGAGUAUUGAAUUAUGCUGCUGCACUAAAAAAUAAAAAUGAAAAACCUUCUACUAGUAAAUCAAACAAUUUCAGUGAUGAUUUGAUAAGUUUUGAUGUGGAAGAGAACCAUGUUCAAAAAAUAAACUUUAUCAAUGAUGAUGUGAAAUGUAUCGGUGACAGCUCACCAGAUUACUGAAGUGUCCAUAAGUGCCUUAUCAUUAGAACAUAAGUGAUUAUUAUUAUAAAUGCUGGGAGUAUGGGAUGGUAUACUGAAAACUUUCAUUCUGAGUCAUUCAGUGUAUGACUGAACAAAACUUUUCUAGGACCACUAAUUAGCGUACAUUAAAAAUAAUUACAACAGUCCAUAUUUUUAAACAGUCUAUUCUCAGAUCAAAACAACAUAAACACAACCAGUUUCAGUGAGAAUUCAUAAGCGGAACUCAAACCAAGGAUCCAUACUACGUUCUUUCAAAUGGCUUGUCACUGUGAGCAGGAGUAAGCGAUAUGUUCACAGUACAUAGAAUGCCUAAAUUUUUAAUUAAAAUAAUACAUAUAUUUUUUGAUGUUGAUAAAGUUGGUACCAUAAAAGUUGUUCAAAAUGACAAUUAUAGCAAACAGGUUAAAACUUUUAGUGCUCUAUCCCAUACACUCUGUCCAUGUUACCAUAUAAAAAUAACAAUUUUAUUUUUUGUUACUAAUACUCAUUACUGUUAAAGUCGUCAUGCUAUGAAGAUAACUUUAAAUGUUUGUACAGGGUCAAGAGCAUGUAUAGCUUGACACUUACAAUUUAAAUUCCACUCCUGACUUCAGCAAGAUCAUAAUCAGUUAAUUAGAAUUUGACUAAUCAGGUAAAAAUUCAUUUACUUAGUAUUAGUUGUAGAAAAAUAGAUUUAGUUGGUACAUCCUGUUUUAAACAGGUCACGCUGUAAUCCAAGACAGGAUGAAUCAACUAAAUCUAGUUUUUUGCAACAAGAACCAACUAAAUGAUGACUACAUAACUAGUAAAAUUUUAAAUAUUUGAUUAUGGUCACACUGGAAUAUGGCCACUCUAUACCACUGACAAUAAGAGGUCAAAAGUGUCAAUCUUGGUGUGCUAUGAUCGUACACUCUUAUUGUAAUUAUUGAUUUGAGACUAAUUAAUAUUGUGUAUCUACUUAAUACUUUUGAUUAUAGUUAAUAUUCAUUACAGCAUGCAAAUAAGGUAAUUGUAAGUGAAAAUAUCCCAUCAUUUAGGGAAGAAAACAUCAAAAAUCAUCCAUAACUUCUAUAAGUCUAAGUAUAAUAAAGAAAUAAUUGUACAAAAUAUUUUUGUAAUAAAUAGGAUAGUAAUAAAUAGGCUUCUU